AUGCCCCCACAGCACCGCGCCGCGGAGGCGGAGCCGGACGCGGCGUCCGCUGCCUUCCACGAGCUCCGGAGUCCGCGCGGGGCGUCCACGACCACCCAGCGCGCUGAUGACGGAACGCCGCAGCCUGAAGAGGACAAGGCGAGUCCGCUGGACUCGGCCAAUUUGCUGUCGGUCGCGACGAUCUGGUGGCUGCAGCCGCUGCUCUGGCGUGGGUACAAGUCCCCGUUAACUGAAGACAGCGUGUGGGAUUUACCCAAGAAGGACCAAUCUCGUCGUCUGCAAGGACGAUUCGAUGACUCAUGGACCAAACAAGAACUCAAGUUAAAGAACAAGAAGAAACAGAAACGCCCGAACGUCAACGUGGCGCUGUGGGAAGCCACCAAGGACAAGAUCGCGGUGGCCACGGCGCUCUACAUGGUCAGCGCCACGCUCACUCUGCUGCAGCCGUUCCUGAUCAAGGCCAUCCUUGAGAACCUCGAGGACGAGAGCAACUUGUUCGGCAUCUCGUCGGGCUACGGUCUGGCCGUGUUUCUGGGCUGCGUGGCCUUCUGCGGCGCCACAGCGAUCAAUUCGGCCCAGUUCCUGACUGCGAGAGCGGGCUGCAACGCCCGCAUGGUGGUGAUCAACAGCGUCUUCCAGAAGAUAUUGAGACUCAGUGCGACGGCGAGACGCACGAUGAACAGCGGAGAGGUCGUGACGCUGGCGGGGGUUGAUAGCGAGCGCGUCAUGGAGGCGUAUACUAUUGGGUUGUGGUGCAUCAUCUCGCCUAUUAUCCUGGUCGCGGUGUGCAUCUUGAUCGGGACGCAGAUGGGGGUCUACCACAUUGGGAUCUACAGGCGGCGGAUCUCCAAGAUCAGCGCCAACCGAGUGAAACUCACGAAUGAGGUGCUGCUGGGCAUCCGCAUUCGAGACGAAGAGGUGGCGCUCAUGCGGAGCUACAACUACUUGCGGCUGACCAACGCCGUGCUCAUGUUCCUGGCGCCCACGAUCCUGAACAUGGUCUGCUUUCUCGUGUACAUCCUGCUGGGCAACACCCUGGACGUGGCGACGGCGUUUGUGAUCCUCGCACUCACAAACUCGUGCAAGAUGGCCUUCAGUAUCUUCGCGAACGCUUCGGUGGCUGUGUCGGAGGCGAUCACCUCAACCGGCCGCCUAUCGGACUUCUUGGAUACGCCAGCUCCAACGCUCUCGAACAUCACGUUCACGCUCAAAACUGGAACGCUCACAGUCGUGGUCGGGCCCGUCGGCAGCGGCAAAUCCAGCCUCGUCAAUGCCAUCCUCGGUGAAAUGCACCAACUGCGUGGAACGCGGGAAGUGCGCGGCGACGUGGCGUACGCGAGUCAGCAGGCCUGGAUCCAGAACCUAGCCGUGCGUGACAACAUCCUCUUCGGCGAGUCGUACGACGCGGAUCAUUACAGUCGCGUGGUCACAGCGUGUCAAUUGCUACCGGACUUUGAGAUGCUGGAGCAAGGCGACCAGACGGAGAUUGGAGAGCGUGGCAUCAACCUCAGCGGCGGCCAGAAGGCUCGCGUCGGUAUCGCUCGAGCCAUGUACCGCGCUCGUAACUUUGACUUCGUGGUGCUGGACGACCCGUUGAGCGCUUUGGACGUGCACGUGGCGAACGCGGUGUUCUCGGAUGGUCUGAUGGGUAUUGCACAGGGAACGACGCGAUUACUGGUUUUGAACUCGCAUUACCACUUGUUGCAGUACGCAGAUCGGGUGUUGGUGAUGUCGGAUGGACAGAUCGUUGGCGAUGGCACUCUGGAGCAGCUUAGAGGCGAGUUCUCCUUCCUUGCGACCUCACCACGAGGCAAAAUAACUGAUGCUUCGGAAGACACAGAGCAAGGAGAAGAGGAUCGACGAGUCGGCUCUGUGAAGAUGAAAACGUACGUCAACUACCUGGCUGCGUCGGAGUGGAAUGGCUACGUGUUAACCGCAACGAUCUUCAUCCUGUUCACAGUUGCCCAAGUCUCGCUGUUCUUCUGCGACUGGUUCUUGAGUCAAUGGUCCAAGGGCGCUGUAGACCUCAGUCAGAAGAACUCGAUGGCUGUCUACGUGGGGAUUGUCGUGGCGUCUUUGAUCUUGACGUUCAUCCGCUGUGUGUACUACAUGGAGAUCUGCAUGCGGUGCUCAGGCAAGCUGCACUUCAACUACAUCCGUAAGGUGCUGGGAGCCCCAGUCACCACGUUCUUCGACGUGACUCCGGUGGGUCGGAUCCUGAACCGAUUCUCGCGAGAUCUGGACCAAGUGGACAACCCGCUGCCGUAUUUCAGUCUGUGGAUGAUGCUCUACAUCUUCCAGAUGUCAUCGGCAUUCAUCGUGUGCGCCGCUGCAGACCCGUACGUGCUGAUCCUGUACAUCCCUGUGGGCUACGCCUUCAUGUUUGCAAUCAGGAUCUACCAGUCCUCUGCGCGAGAGCUCAAGCGCCUGGACAGUACCUCCCGCUCUCCGUUCUUGAACCUCGUGUCGGAGACGAUUUCUGGCAUUGAGACGGUGCGGUCCUACAAAAUGGUGGAGCAGUUCUCCGCUCACUGCGAAGAGCUGCUGAACAACAACGCCAAGUUCUUCCUCUUGUUCCAGUCGUCCUCGCGGUGGUUUGCAAUGCGAACGGACUGGCUGGUGUCGGUGAUUAUCGCUGCGGUGGCGAUUCUAGCGAUUGCGACCAAGUCCAGUUUGGGAGCCGCGGUUGCAGGUUUGGGCCUCACGUACGCGUCGCAGCUAACCUCCAGCUUCCAGCGCAUGACCACCUUGACGACUCAGGUGGAGAACAUCAUGACCUGCUUCGAACGCAUUGCCCACUACGCCUCUCUCGAUGAAGAAGGAUACACGCGUGUAGCCAGCAACAAGGACUCGCUAGCUGCGGAGUGGCCCCGGACUGGUGCGGUUGUCUUCGAGAACGUCUCUAUGAGAUACCGUGACGACCUCCCUCUCGUACUAAAGGGAGUAUCUUUCUCCGUCGCGAGUGGUGAAAAGGUCGGCAUCUGCGGUCGCACUGGGUCUGGCAAGAGCUCGCUCAUGAGCGUUUUGUUCCGCGUCGUGGAGAUUCCAACGACUGGCCGCGUUCUCAUCGACGGGGUGGACAUCUCCACUAUCACUGUGCACCAGCUCCGGACCAAGCUGACCAUCAUCCCGCAGGACCCGAUGCUGUUCAGUGGUUCACUGCGAAUGAACCUCGACCCCUUCGCUGAGAAGAGUGACGCAGAGCUGCAUGAAGUGCUCCGCAAGGUGCACUUGUCCGAUACAGUGGCUGGGUGGGGCAAAGGUCUUGACUACGAGGUAGCCGAGAAGGGCGAGAACCUGUCUGUGGGUCAGCGUCAGUUGCUGUGUAUCGCUCGCGCGCUGAUCCGAGACAGCAAGGUGAUCGUGAUGGACGAAGCCACCGCGAACGUGGACCAGGAGUCGGACAAGCUCAUCCAGCAGACGAUGAAGGAGAGCUUCGGCGGCGGAGACUGCACGGUGCUGUGCAUCGCGCACCGCAUCGAGACGAUCAUGGACAGCGACAAGAUUUUGGUGCUGGAUGGAGGGGAGGUGGUGGAGUAUGAUACGCCGUCGGCGUUGCUGCAAGUUAAGGGCGGUGUGUUCCAGUCGCUUGUGGAGUCCGGCAAAGUCGUUGGUGUUCUGGAAUAA